AUGCUCUUGCUCCUGUUUUGGGGGUGGAGAGCUGUGAUAAAUUGAAUAGAUGAGGAACAAUACCAGAAAUUUGAUAUCCAAGUUGUCUGCAAACAACUUGGGCAUCCGAGGAGCUCCAUCCAUCAUCACACACAGUUCCCCAUCUACCACUGAGGCACACUUCCACUCUACCCUCAUUAUGAGUCCCUCCAUUUGCUACAUCAUCCAGCAGUAUAGGCACUACUGAUGUGGCAGUACUGAAGA